AUGGCGGGCUCGCGAACCCGCAGGCGGGAGCGCUCGCCGUCGCGUCCUCAUGGGGUGCGGCGCAGCCCGCCGUCGCGUCUUCACUCGCCGUCUCCAGCGCUCUGGCCUGAUGUCGCACGGGGCUCACGCUCCCAAGCGUCGUCUCCGCGCCUUCGGUCUCCGCGGGGGGGAUCUCCGCGUCGGCGCGAGUCCCCUCGUCAGGCCUCUCCGCGCCAUGCUCCCGUCGUGCCGUCCGUGAGCCAGCUGCCUCCCCCACUCGACUUGGCGCCUCAUCCUCCAGCCGUUGUACCUCCUCUUCCUCUUCCUGCCCCGCCUCCAAUACUCCCCCCGCAGCAGCAGCUCCGCCCUCAGCAGCCCCUUCAUCAACAGCUUCCUCCUCAGCAGCUUCCCCCUCACGCUCGCCCGGAUCCGCAAUCCUUGGCAGGACAGCCCGACGUGGCACCGCUUCCUCUGCGCCUCCCACCGGGGGUGUGGUGUGUGCCUGCGGGGGGUGGGCCCCCUGUGUAUCAGACGUUUGCGGAGGCAGGGGAUGGUUGCCGUGUUGAGCUCCCCCUGUACGGAAUGCCCCCGCCUCCUCCCAUGCUUCACCAGCAACCUCAAGCAGCGCAGACAGGUGGUCCUCUGGGCUCUCAAGUGCUGGAGGCGGGAGCAGCAGCGGGGAUGGUGGCGGGGGUUGAAUCCCCCCCUGCCUCUCCCACUCGGCGAUCUGCAGCCCGUCGGCACUCUGGGAUUCGGGUUGCUCCUCGCGUGGCUGUGGGAGGGCUGUCCCGCCGGCGUGCUGACGUUCACCGCGUGCUUGAGGUGGAGGCUCAUGUGCUCGCUCGUCUGGGCCACGUGCGGUCGUUUGUGGCCUUCGUUGGUCUGAUGAUCGACAAUGCUGCUGCUGCUCUAGAGGAUGUUCCCGAGGAGUUGAGCGUGAUGAACCACGCGCAGAUGCGGGCAAGUCGGGAUGGCGUGUGGGUGCUGCAGCACGAAUUGGAGCGGGCGGAGAUGGAACCCGACGGAGAUCCUGCGUUGGGCGCGGCGGUGGCCGACGUGAUGAGGGUGGUGGAGUCGCGAGUGCGCUCGCGGUCAGCCGUAGACGUGUUGCGAGGCCUCUCGUCAGCACUCCGCCUUGUAGACGGGACGACGGAGCGGCUCCUGCGGCGCGCGGAGGUGUCGUGA